ACAGAAGGGUGCGGUUUGGAAGGUGUUCUCCUCUUAGAUGAGCUACUACUGAGUUCUUAUGAGAAGAAUGGCUCUUAAGAAAUUGAAGGUGAUACCAAAGGAAGGUUACUUAUUACUUUUGGACUUUGAUGAUGAGGACGAUGACAUAAAAGUUUCAGAGGAGGCUCUUUCGGAAGUAAAGAGCCCAGCAUUUGAUAAAAAUGAGAAUAUAUCGCCUCAAGCAGAAGCAGAUGAAGAUAUGGGAGAUGAAGUAGACAGUAUGUUGGAUAAAUCUGAAGUAAAUAAUCCAGCAAUUGGUAAAGAUGAAAAUAUAUCGCCUCAAGUAAAAGGAGAUGAAGACAUGGGACAUGAAGUAGGCAGUAUGUUGGAUAAAUCUGGAGAUGACAUUUAUAAGACGCUUCACAUAAAGAGAAAAUGGAUGGAAACUUAUGUCAAAGAAUCUUUCAAAGGCAGCAACCAGAAAUUAGAAAGAUUUUGCAAAACGAACGAACGAGAGAGGAAGAACAUCAACAACAAAUUUUGUGAGCAGUAUAUAUCUACAUUUAUGAAGUCUGAUAUGGAUGUACAGAAAUUCAAUGAAGAAAAAGAAAAAUCAGUGAAUAGUUGUCAAAAAGAACAACAAGCAUUGAAACUGUCCAAAUGUAGUCAGAAUCAGACCCUGGAAGCAGUUAAAGAAGUGCAUGAGAAGUCCAUGGAGGUUUUGAUGAACUUGGGGACCAAGAACUAAGAUAUGCUUUUUGGUGUAGAUGGUGAACUGAGAAAAAAAAAAGUCUAUGUUUGAAAGAGCCAUCAUGGAGAAUAAUCUGAAGUACUCUUCUACUUUCCCAUCUUCAGAAAAAUGAAGCAUGAAAAAUUUUCACUUGCUGGUAUAUAUAUAAAACAAAUAAAAAAAUCUCUAACUUUUUUGUUUCCUAUGAAA